AUGGAGGCCGGGUCCACCAAUGCUUGGCUCACGGGAAGUCGGGUUCUCGCAAGACCCGUGCUCAAAUCUGGCGGGGUUGUUUCACAUGCGCCGCUGGCUGCUCACAUCGCCGGAGGCCAUCCGAGGGCGUGCCCCCUCGAAGUUGCGAGGCCGGUACAGGUCACUCGGUCGUGUUCACAGCCGCCGCCUUCGAGGUACAUGCAAGCGAUGCCUGCAUCCACACAGCACCAGCGCUUCAUCACCUUGGACCUGCGAGAUGCACGGCGUGCAGGUUGCAGAUUGCUGGUGGCCCGGACCUGUUCUCAGCUGAGGCGCCGAUAUGUGGUUCCCGCUUUCACGCGCUCCUUCACGAGCGCUUCAAGCAGCAGACUUGAAGUGGUUGAAGUGGACAGUUGCGUCCUGCGCUGGGCCGAGCAGACACCGACCUCCGUGACCCUACGGGAUCUCUGCGAGAUUGGCUUAGAUAGCCGCCGCCGUCGCGAGCAUGGCAUCUUCCUUCACCGAGAGCUUCGGAUCCGCCUGGCGCAGAGGAUACUAGAGCUGACAUCACUGCCGUACCGUUUGGGAGCGCGACGGGGUAUCCGGGACGUGAUCGAGUGGUAUACUCACUUCAUGCACCUGCUGGAGGACUCGCCCAGCCCAGCCACAGAGGAACUGGACGAGGAGUUUACAAAUUUGCUGACCCGCAUCUUCGAGGAGCACUCAGAAGUGAUCCAAGCGAUGGCCUUUGGGGUUCAAGAUUUGAUUUACGAGCUUCAAGAGGAUUACGCUCAGGUGCAGGCGGAGGUCGAUGGAAUCCUACGCCGUUUCUUCACUGCUCGCAUUGGAAUGCGUUUCCUGAUUCAACACCAUAUCGAGUCCUUCAGGAAUCGUGAGGGCCACUCUGGGAUCCUGCAGAUUGAAUGCGAUCCCUCCAUUAUCGCGCAGAAGGCAGCCAAAGACAGCUCCAUGCUGUGCAGGGCCCACAAAGGGCAAGCCCCACCCAUCAAGAUCCACCACACGAACCCAAGCACAUUCACUUAUGUGCCGAUGCACUUGCAUUACAUGCUCGUGGAGGUGUUCAAAAACUCCUGCCGUGCCGUGGUCGAGCGCCAUGCCGAUGGUUUCGACGACCUUUUGCCGGCGAUCCACUGCCACAUUGUCCACGGCAAUGAAGAUGUGACGAUUCGCGUCAGCGACGAGGGCGGUGGCAUCUCCCGAGCACACCUUCCCAAUAUCUGGAAGUUCAUGUACACCACUUCCAAAAAGUCGCCGUGGGCUGCGGCUAGGAAGGAAGAGGAAUUCCAGACAAAGCCCGGGGAUUCGGCCAGCAAUCCGCUGCAGCGUCCGAAACAGGGCGGCGUGCUUGCAGGGUUCGGCGUGGGCCUCACGCUGGGACGCCUUUAUGCGAAAUACUUCGGGGGAGACCUGAAGAUACUGUCGCUGGAUGGUUUCGGAACCGAUGUGUUCCUGCAUCUCAACCGGUUGGGCACCGCGUGUGAAGACCUUCCACAGAACGUUCUCUACAGCCCAUCGAUGCGAGACUCAUCAGCACUGGAAGAGGCAGCACAGGAGACCCUUCUCAUCUCAGCUGAUGAGGAGGCUUUUCUGCGACGAGAGCUGCAAGCCUUCCGCCGGAGAGACGAGCCGCCUGAUGCUCUCAAGAAAAAGGCGAAUUGCUUUGCUUGGACCCGGCAAUCACCCCUGGCCGUUCUUCAUUUCAGCAGCCUCAAGGGCAGGGUGCACCCAGUCAGCGAGCAUGCGACUUUCUGGGACGAGAAGCCGUGGAGGCGCAUGCCUCUUGGAUCCAAGGAGAUGGCUCUGCAAGAGGCAGUGGAUUUUGUGCGGCGAGCUACGGUGCUUUGGCUUGCGAAUGCUGGCAACACAUGGCCUGGCGACUGGCUGGCCAUGCUGCGCAAGGCUUGCAAUGACAUGGUAGCACCAGCUACUGCUUCAGCGAUCAAACCUCUGUCUAGGGACGCGGCGGUUCGAUUGGGCGAAGCAGCAUUCCAGCGCUUGGCUGUGCAGUUGGAAGUAGAGUUGGCAGAGCCACUGCCCGCCAAGGUCAAAAGGGUCGUUCCAGCACGCCCGGCAGUGACUGCACGGCGGAGCGUAGGCUCCGAGAGUACCAUGGCCUCAAGCGUGUCCCCUGGCCCGAGCAGCAUCUCCGCCAGCAGCGGGACGCGGGAGCGGCACACGGCUUCUGGUCCAUACAUCCAGGACUCUCGGUUGAUGCAAACGCCUUUGCAUCUGGGACAGCCCUGGACGGUGACGCCGCGCCGUUUGAAAGCCAGCCCCGGCCAGCUCCCGCGGCCCUGCAAUGGUCUCGUGAACAGGAAUGGCGCUGGCGGAAUCUGGACCCCUGCAGCGACAACUGUGCAGGCAGCUGGCUUGAGUCUGGAGGAGGAGUUCGCUCAGCUGCGGCAUGACAUGGCUGCGGAAAGGGCCGAACGCCAGGCCUUGGCCAGUCUUGUGGAGACCUUGCUCCAGGAAAGGCAGCCACCUCGCCGGCGCUGCAGCGUUGCAAGCCAGGGAGCACACGAUGGCUACGCACAAGAAGCGGCCCAAGAAUGGAUGCCAAACUUCGGAUCCUUGAUGGGGCAGGAGUGGGGCCAGUAUCGGCAGUAUAUCAUCAAGGAAGAGGAGGCUCAGACCGCGGAUAUCGACACUUUGGAGAUGGGCCGGCCCUCUCCGUCAAGUCCCUCCAGUGCAUUGCCUACGACAACCUUGGACCUGCCUCCCCCACCUGCCAACAGAACGGAUCUGAAGCUGUUUACGCAGGCUCAGGCAACUGAAGUUCAUGACAAAGUCCUUGCAGACACUCGAGCAGCGCUCGACCACCUGGAGAAGCAGCUGUGCUUGUCGGUGUCCCCUCAGACUACGUCGGCACCUGUCACGACCUCGGGAUCACCGGGCUUCAACUUGGAAGAUGGGGACAGACGUGAGUUGGACCUGCAUAACUCG